GUAAUAUAUAAAAAAGUAAUAACAAUAUAAUAAAAUGAUAACUUCAUAUUUUUUUUUAAAGAGUAUUAGAACUCGAAUUACAUUACCAUUUCAAUCAAAUAUUACAUUAACUAUAAUAAGAUUUAAUUCAUCAUCAUCUAAUUCUUCUUCUGAUUCAUCUUCUGAUUCAGAUUCAAGUUCUGAUUCUGAAGUUUCUAAAAAAGAUAAAGAAAAUAAUAAAGUAUUUAAACCUAUAGAAUAUUUACAAAGUGCAAAAGUUGCGCAAAAAAAAAGACAAAUAGAAAAAGAAAUAACUAAAGCAGCUCAAAUCUUAACUACCACAUCAGCACAAGAUAAAGAAAAAGUUCUUUUACCUUUGUUAAAUAAAAUUGGUAAUAUACAAAAUGCAAACAAUACAUUUACUAAAAGCAAUAUAUAUAACAAUGUAAUUAAAAAAGAAGAAAUAAAUUGGAAAGAAGAAAAUAAUAUCAAAAAUUCAGAUAAAAAGAUGAAAUAUCAAUUGCAAGAAAAAUCUUUCUCAUUCCAGAAUCAAGAAAAUAAAACAAAAAAUAUUAACAAAUUUGAACAAAAUAUGAUCAUAAUGCAACAAAAUCAAGUACAUCAAUAAUUAAAACGUUACAAACGGAACAAAAAAAAA